AUGCAGUUUUGCCUGGAAAGCAGCAGCUCCCCGGAGAAGACUGAAGCAAAGCUGACAGUCUUGGCAACUGUGGCAGGCGUGAAUGCUUCAGCAGUGGGCAAAGCAAUUGCUUUGAGGACAGGUGAAGUGGAAGCUGUUCUUAUGCGGCUCCUUGCAUCAUCCUCAUCACCUGAGUGCACCUUACAACAGCUAGUCCGCCUUCUUUCCCGGCUACGUGAAGAGGGCAUUUCGCUACGGAAUGCACUUCUGCCACAGGUGCUUUAUCGAUCUGCUGCAUCUCUACAUUCAUCUCGCAGCCCUCAACUUCAGGAAGAGCUACUGCAGGACCUGUGCCACUUGCUGCCCUUGGCCCUGGCAAACUCGUCCCCGCUGCCUAAUGAGGCAGACUCUGUCUCAAAGGUACUGGGCUCUCUGAAGGCUGUCAUGCUGCAAGCCAAGCAAGUGUCGCUACGCAUGGCUGCAACCCACUGCAUUACUGCCCUUGUGUGCACGCCAGCUGCCCCACUCUGUGCCCAACUUCACUUGCCUGAUGUUCUUGUGGAGUGUCUGGCAUCAGCUGACGUCCUCUUUCUUGAGUGAGUAUGUUUGAGCCCUGAAUCGAGUAGUCUGAUUGUACAUGGAAUUUAAC